AUGUGCUUCUCGAAACGAAGCUUCGUGUCCAUUGUUUACCCCCAGUACUUUGACGUGGUCCUUUGCUCGGACAGUGUCCCCUUUGAUGACGAAGUUGGUCAAAUCUGCCGGCAGCCUCCUGUUGUGCGUGAAGUGGAUGAUGGUCGUCUUGUCUGUCUCGAACGUCGCCCCGCUUCGCCGCUCCCAUUCGAGUGCUCGAUCGAUGAUGUUCUGGAUGCCCUGACGGUUUUCUUCUCGCGAUUGGCCGGUGACCCACGCCGUAUAGUCGUUGACGAAGGCGAGCGCGCCCCCGUUCUCGUCGAUUUGGUGCCGUACGAGGUCGGCGUUGAAGAAGAGGGAAGAGCACAGGUGACAGUGGAUGCUUGCCGUUCUAUGGGAGCAGAAGGCGUCAACCCAUCUCACCAACUUCUCAGGGAUGCCCCGCGCUCUGAGUCUUUGAAAUGUACUCCUGCAGUAGUACUAGCGCCUGCUCUGGUACAUUCACUCAAUGACAGAAAGGCGCUGACGGAUAAAAGUCGGCAAAAUGACCAUGAUGUGGAGCGCACUUCGUGGAAAGGACACCAUCGACGACGGGGCUUACUCGCUGACAAGGAUGCUGGGGAUUGCUCAGCGACACAGCAAGAUCCGUUCUGCGCUACAGGCUGGCCUAAACACUGUACUUACUGUCCACCCUUCGAAAGACUGAAUGCACACCUUACCAACCACAUCAAUCAAAGACAUCUUGAGCCGGACAAGAAAUGCCGAGGAGUUGGCCAAGCUUCUGCAGAAGAACGUGCUGACAGAGAACAAGAACGCGCCGAGGCGACAGAGCAGCAAACCCAGCCUACUUCACUCAACGAAUACAUCCCUGCCUGUCAUUCCCUGGCUUCUGCCAGACUCACCGUCGAAACGGACCAGCAUCGCAUUCGGCACCCACUACUACACUUCCCUGCCGACCGACGCUGUUCCGAGAGCAUAUCGUUCCUGUCCGGCCGAGGAAGCAGGAUCGCGAAGCGCAAGAUCACUGACGAGAAGGCCCUCGAGUGCUUUCUGCAAUAUAGCGUCGAGGGCCCUGUUAAAGCAAUCAUGGACGAGCUCAAGAAGGUGAAAGAAGUCCAAAAGGCGUUCGAUUUAGUCAACGGACUCGUCUUCGAGAACCACCCACAUGCGCUCAGCGACGCAGCGGCGGAGGUCGUCGAACGCAACCUCCCAUCGACACCUAUCUCCACACGGCACAAUCGCAAAGUCGAUUUCCAACAGUCACGGGCCGCCAGCUCUUUGAUGCUCUACAUUCCCGAGUAUAAAUCACCGCGUCAACUUCCUGCGCAGCACCUGCGCUCGAUGAAUGCACUUGAGGAGGUGUUGACCCAGACGCGCGGUUCCGGUAUCACGCGGAGAGGCUCACCGCAGCCGCCAUCACACACAGACCUGUCAUAUAUGAUCGAAGACUGGCUCGAGCACGGUCUAUUGACGACGGGUGAGGCGAUCGUGUGCGUGAGGCUUGAAUGGCGCGAGUCCGAGACGCUUUCCUUUCAUUUGGCGGAGCCUUCUGCAGAGGUGGAAGCCUACCUCAAGCAUGCCGACCUCCGUACGGCAGUUGCUCAAUACUUGGCCUUUGGUUUGAUUGCUCUCGGCGUGCCAGGUGAGAGGCAUGAAUGCCGCCAUCCCCCAUAG